AUGCAGCAUCAUCCCGGUUCUUGGUACUUGCCCUGGGGCGUGCCGUUGCAAAAAAUGGUCGCAGUACCUAUUCACCCCGCAGGACAUUUGCAUCUGCAACCGCCUGCCAUGCACAUGCAACCGAUGCUUGCAGGACUUCCUGCUCCUUUGGCAACGUUGAGGAGCUUUGUCACCCAGCCCACCAUGAGGCAACAGCAAAGAAAGGUUCUAAAGAAGUAA